AUGGCCACUGAAACCAAGAAGACCCAAGCGAAGAUUGCGACUCUUCGUGCCCGUGCUCAGAUGAGAGCCACAGAAGAAUUCAUGGUUGGUUUUACGGAAGUUAAAAGCAACCAAGUGGUAGAGAGGUUAGCGAAUUUGGAGUCGAUCUGGAAGGCGUUUGAAGCGGCCCAGUCCAAACUAGAGUCCCUUGAGGAAGAUGAAGAGCAGCUGGCCGAUUUGUUCAACCAGCGCAAUGAGUUCUACAAUAAGUAUUGCGAAGCCAAGGGAUUCCUAACCUCAAAUCGACCAUGUGCUCUGCCUGCUCCGGAUGAAGUAGAGCCGGGAAAGAUUAAACACGUGGCAAACGUGCGACUGCCGAAGUUGGAUUUACCAAGAUUCGAUGGUAACACCACAGAUUGGAUCAGCUUCAAGGACCGAUUUGUGUCAAUGAUUGACAAGGCUGAAGACAUGCCUGAUGUUGUGAAACUGCAGUACCUGCUAUCAGUGCUGAAGGGUGAAGUGGCGAAACGAUUCCAGCAUGUGCAGCUUACGGCAGAUGGUUACAGCAUCACGUGGAAGGCACUGCUAGAUCGAUAUGAUAACAAAAGGAUCCUUAAGCGUGAAUAUUUCCGGGCGCUGUUUUCUAUCCCACCGAUGAAGAAUGAUACGAUUGAAGAGCUUCGACGAGUGUCUGACGAAUUUACUCGACUAACUCAAGGAAUGAGUGCGUUAAGUGAGGCUUUAGUUCAUUGGGAUACACCGUUGUGCAAUCUACUUUUUUAUAAGUUAGAUGGUAAAACCUUGUUGGCUUGGGAGGAGUAUACCAGCAAGGACAAGGAAGACGUGUAUGUCAAGCUGCAAGAAUUUCUUCAAGGUCGAUUGAGAAUUCUUAGUGCUACAGCUCAAGCAUCAACAGAAGCACAAAAACCAAGUUCGAGUAAACUAACCAGCACGAAACAGCAAAGAGGCAUCGCAUGUGUAAGCAUGGCACCAACUCCCGUGAUACGGUGUUAUGCUUGUUCACAACCACACUAUUUGCAUCAGUGUGAAUCGUUUAAGGGCAUGCAAGUGGCACAACGAGAGGAAGUCAUCACAUCGAAUAAGCUAUGCCGGAACUGUUUCCGAAUCGGACACAUCGCCCAGCGAUGUAUGUCGAAAUUCAAAUGCCACAAGUGUCAUCAACGACAUCACACAUUGUUACAUGUAGACACAGCGAUGCAGAAUCCAACAUCAGACAACAUUGUAGCCGCAACUACUGCCGCAUCGGGAAAGACGACCGUCCUAUUACAAACAGCAUUAGUGCAGGUUGUGGAUGACAAUGGCAGAUCGUUUGAUGCAAGAGCGCUGUUAGACUCUGGAUCGAUGUCCAACUUUAUCUCAACGGCUCUAGCAAAUCGUCUUAGUAAUCGCAAACGUCAUGCUAGCGUAUCUAUUGUAGGAAUUGGACAACGAGAAAACCACAUACAUGAAGCGAUGGAUGUAGUCGUGUCGUCGAAGACUCAGAGGUUUAGCACAAAACUCAACUUCCUUGUCAUAGAUUCUCCAACAGCACAGCUUCCAACAAUUGAAGUAAACACCAAGGAAUGGAGAAUAGAAGGACUACCUCUAGCCGAUCCAUUUUUCUACAAACCAGGUCAGAUUGAUCUAGUAAUUGGCGGAGAAGCAUUUUGGGCCAUUCACACAAACGAGCGAAUUAGUGUUGGAUCGAACAAGCCUGUAUUUGUCAACACUAGAUUUGGAUGGACAGUUGCUGGAACGACCCCAGCUACAACUCAGAAUCGUCACGUGUCAACAAACGCAGCAGUUAGUCAGGACACGUUAGAAACAACCAUCCGACGAUUCUGGGAGUUAGAGGUACUACCAUCCUCAUCAUCAGUCGAGUUAGACGAAGAGACAUGCGAGAAAUUCUUCUCCGAAACGACUUCUCGCAAUAAGGAAGGUAAAUUCGUAGUCAAGUUGCCGAAGGUGGAUACAUCGAGAGUAAGUCUAGGCGAUUCAAAGGCUAUAGCGGAGAAGAGAUUUUUCAACACCGAACGAAGACUACAAAGAAACCCGAAAAUGUACGAAGAAUACCGAAAGUUCUUGAAAGAAUACGAAGAGUUGGGACAUAUGGUCGUGCUACCAGAACCAGUGGAUGAUAGCAUGCCCCAUUGCUAUCUACCGCAUCAUCCAGUGCAGAAGGAGUCAAGCACAACGACGAAAAACGCAUCGAGUGGCAAUUAG